ACCAUGAGUGCAGCCACCGUGUCUUCCUCUCCCUCCCGGCACGCUUCCACCUCCUCUCCUCAGCCCCAGAACCCAAUUGCUUUACGACUCUACAAGGUACUAGGCGCGAACUUCGAGGAUGGAGCUACCCGCGAAGCGCUCCAGACGCUCUCUGAGCUCUAUGCUCCAUUGCCGGUCGCGUAUCCGCCCGCAAAGGGCAGGGACGUGAGCCGAGAUGGCGAUGAUGCUCAACUAGACGAUAUCGAAGACGGCGACGUGAAAUCCAAGCCCGCAGUAAACGGUGUGCGUGUUGCGGACCCUCUUCCUGGUGACAUCGCGGCAAGGGCACGCAGGAACCUCAGACGUGACGUCGAGAGCAGACUUGCGGACUCGAGUCGCAAGUUCCUGAAGGCUUUCGGAGAGGUAGAUAAGCAACUAGACACCUUACAAGAACACCUGAGCGCCAUGCGCGUGCGCUGUGAUGAGGCGCAAACACAAUUGGACGAUACCAAUGACGCGUGUAAGUCCCUGCUUGACCGAGCUGGAAGUCUGCGCGAGGAAAGGCAAGUCAUCACAACGCGCCAGUCCAUCGUUUCGCUGUUGUUAGGCCGAUUCACGCUGGAUGAGGAAGAGAAGGAGGCAUUGACGUCGAGAGAUGUCCCCGUCGACAAACGCUUCUUCCGGGCAAUGGAUAAGGCGGAGAAAAUUCGAGACGAUUGCCGUGUGCUGAUGACGGGGGAAGAUGGGCCGACCCCAGCAGGGGUGGAUAUUCUGUCUGCCACAUCCAGCUACCUGGAGCAGGCGUAUCAGAAGAUAUUCCGCUGGUGCUGCUUCGAGUUCCGGCAAAUGGGGCGUGAUGCCCAGCUGGAAGUCGGCCCUUCUAUGCGCGAGGCCGUGCGCAGGCUUCGAGAGCGCACAGAACUUAUAACCGAGGCUCUCACGUACCUAUCCCAUACGAGACAAGACACACUACUCACGGCCUUCACCAACGCGUUGACUCGCGGUGGGCCUGGCGGGUUGCCACGCCCCAUCGAGAUGCAUGCGCAUGACCCGCUCCGGUACGUUGGCGACAUGCUUGCGUGGGUUCAUCAGGCUAUCGCGGCCGAAAGAGAAUUUUUGGAGAGCCUCUUCGGUGUCCGAGGGGACAGGAGAAUGGUCGGUAGUAUUCGGAGAUUCGCUGCGAGCGUGGAGGAAGAAUGGAUGGGCGAACUCAUGGACGCUGCGGUUGGAAAGCUGUGUACACCGCUGAAGGUCAGAGUGCAGCAGACCGUGCGCUCGCAGGAAAGCAGUAUCACAUCCUACAAGAUCGCGAACCUACUGCAAUUCUACAUGCUGACGAUGCAGCGGACCAUCGGGGAAGAAGCAGUCUUGUCAAAAGCCUUAAAAGAAAUGACGGAUAUGGCAUUUGAGGUGUUCUUUGAUUCAAUUGACACUCAGGGCAGGUCACUUCUUCGUGUUCCACCUGACUUAGACGACACCAGCGUCUCGCCGCCCCUAAUUAUCCUCGACCAUGCACAAGUGCUGCGCGAGAUAAUGGUCGUGUACGACUCGUCUUUGAUGGGGGACGAGACCGAGGAACAACUGGUCGCGGGGUUCAGGGAUAUCAUGGACAAGAUGGUCGACCCCGCGAUUGAAACGUGCAUGACGUCUUCGGAAGAGAAGAGGAAGCAUCGACCAACCUGGGACAAAUCAGUCUUCGUGCUGAACACGUUGGCAUAUCUGCAGGGCGUCAUCGAGCCGUUCCGGUUCACCGCAGAGAAGCAAGGCGUCAUUCAGGGUCUCGUCGAGACUAAGGUGCUGCAGCUGACAGAGGAACAUUAUAGGAAUCUUUCAAAGGAGGCGGGGCUACACGACGUGGUCGCAGCGAUUGAGGGUCGUCAUCCGAGUGAACCCCUGUCGCGCAUCCCCGCGACACAGACCUCUCGGCUGCAGACAGCACUGCGCGAAUUCUCUCGCUGGCUUUCCGGACCGGGCGUCGUCGAGUCGCCACGUUUGUCGCAGCUGACACUGCAGAGCCUGGCGACGCGAGUGCAUCAAGCGGCAUUGCAGCGCUUGGCAGAGGCAUAUCAGCGCGUCUGCGAGGAGGUGCGUAGGCCGGAGAACAGGUACGAGGCGGCGGCGACGCUGCUAGGGAGCGAGCGGCCGUUUGGGCAGGUGCACCUACUCUGGCAGAUAUUUGGGCUGCAGGACGACGGGCAGGGUGGGCGGACUGGCUAGGGCAAGUAGAGAUCUGCCAGGACGUGGCGCGCGGUGUGAGAGACGAACCCGGACGGACGGCGAAAAAUAUCAAGGGUGGUUCCUACGUCAGACGAUUUAAUAGGAUUUUAGCGAAUCGAUGGCUGGUAAUAGGC